AUGGAAGGCCCAACGAGGGCUUCAACGAUGAUCUUAGCAGACGUGCCAAACUGUCCUCAACUCCACAAGCUGACGCGCACUGAUGCAGGCACAACUGAAGCCAUCACAGACACACUGUCUGUCAGAUCUGCUCUCAUCCCUGAUCUCCAGUGUCCAGUCCCAGCCGGAUUCUUCCUGCUGACAGGAACGCUGAUUAGUGCAAUCUUUUCCGUGCUGUCAACGGGUCAAUGUCAGGCUGACAUUGAGAUCGCAGUUUUCAUUGGAUGGUUACUCGAUUUACUUCUCAACUUUUACUUUCGAAGGUCUGACGUCGUGGUUCUCUGCUUUUCCAUCGCCAACCCCAACUCCCUACACCAUGUUAAAACCAUGUGGUACCUCGAGAUCAAGCACUUCUGUCCUCGCACACCUGUCAUUUUGGUCGGUUGCCAGCUGGACUUGCGCUACGCUGACCUGGAGGCAGUCAAUCGAGCUAGGCGACCAUUAUCAAGGCCCAUUAAACCCGGAGAUAUUUUGCCUCCAGAGAGUGGAAGGGAGGUCGCCAAAGAGCUUGGCUUCCCAUACUACGAGACAAGCGUUUUCGAUCAGUUUGGCAUCAAGGAUAUCUUUGAUAAUGCCAUCCGAGCAGCCCUCAUUACCAGACGCCACCUACAAUUCUGGAAGUCCCACCUGAGGAAGGUCCAAAAGCCACUGUUGCAGGCACCAUUUCUGCCACCCAAAGCCCCUCCACCACUUAUUAAGAUCCCUGAGUGCCCAACCAAAAACCGGGAUGGCCCGAAGCAGCUUCUUGAGAACCCCCUGUGUGCUGAUGUUAUGUUCAUCAUUCAGGAACACAUCCACUUGUUUGCCCACAGGAUCUACCUGUCUACCUCAUCCUCCAAAUUCUUCGACCUCUUUCAUAUGGACUUCUCAGAUGAGUCCCAGUGCUUGGUGGUAACUGAGCGUCACGGGCGGGAUCAACUGAUGCGCACACUAAGCCUGGACACGGAAGAGGACAUCACCGUUCUCCCCAAUCUUUCACCUUGCUCGCUCAGGGCAUCCAAGAGUGACGGAACCCUCAAGAUGAUGAGUUUCAGUGGGAUGCACCGGCGCACCAAACUGUCUCUGGCCUCUUGGAGCAAGGCCUUCCAGAGCAUCCACAAGGAGAACGGGAUCAAUCCGAUCACAGGUGCACCAGCUCUCAUGACUGUCGUCAAGAUGGAUCAUUCCAUCCACCAUGGACCAUUCAGUGCUGUCCUACGCUUCCUCUACACUGGUGAGCUGGAUGAGAAGGAGAAGGACCUGAUGAAGAUCGCCCAGAUCGCAGAGAUCCUAGAAGUGUUUGAUCUUAGGAUGAUGGUGGAGAACAUCAUGAACAAUGAGGGCUUCAUGAAUCAAGAGAUCACAAAAGCGUUCCAUGUGAGAAAGGCCAACCGAAUCAAAGAGUGUCUCGCCAAGAAUAACUUCACAGAUGUGGUGUUCAGGUUGGAUGAUGGCACCAUUAACGCCCACAAACCACUGCUGAUCUCUAGCUGUGACUGGAUGGCUGCCUUAUUUGGGGGCUCUUUCAUGGAGAGUGCAAAUGAUGAGGUCUCAUUCCCCAACACCAGCAGGGUAUGUAUGCAGGCAGUGCUGGAGUAUCUCUACACCAAUCAGCUGUCGCCCAUGGCAGACCUGGACCCAAUGGAGCUAAUCGCCCUGGCCAACAGACUGUGCCUUCCACGGCUCAUCGCCCUGACAGAGCAAUACGCUGUGAGCGAGUUAGUAAAAGCAUCUAAAGAUGGACAGGAAAUUGAUGGAGAGGUACUCAUCUAUCUAGAGCUUGCUCAGUUCCAUAAUGCUAAUCAACUCGCUGCCUGGUGUUUACACCACAUCUGCACCCAUUACAACAGGAUAUGUGCCAAUUACCGCAAAGAGAUCAAGUCGAAAUCAGCAGAAAACCAGGAAUAUUUUGAGAAGCACCGCUGGCCUCCGGUCUGGUAUCUGAAAGAGGAAGAUCACUAUCAGCGGGUGAAGAAGGAGAGAGAGAAGGAGGAUGUGGUGUUGAAUAAACAUCACUCACGAUGGCGCUGGUGUUUCUGGAGCACGUCCCCUGCUGUUGCUUGAGUCCGUACCCUCUUGUUUAUUUUUAAAGCUCUUAUUUUCCUUUUUUUCUAUUUUGCGAAGAUGAAACAGGCCACUCUAAAUGAGCAUUCUGUGUGAAGCACAAUGUCUAAUCAAUGCUGGCCAUUGAAUCUAUGGAGGUGACGUAGGCCUAUUCCUUAUGGUGUAAUAUUUGUUUUAAUAGUCGAGCUGCUGUGUUGGACUUGGUUGUGAUCUGACUGUGUUAGAAGCAUAAGAAUCUUAAAACACUAAGAGGAUUAAGGAGUGUUUUUUCUUGGCUUUCCUUUUUCACUUAGGUGCUAUAUACUGUAUAUUUGCAUUAACACAUUUUCAACUGUUCAGUGAAAUCAUCUAAGUGGAAAAUGCUCAUUAUGCCACUAAUUCUGAGCACACGUAUUGAUUUGCAAAAUUUGCAUUGUACAAUUCUGCAUUCAGGCAAAUUUUGGGUAAUGUUGUAAGCCUGUUUAUUGGACAACUUGUGACCAAAAACUAAGAGCACUUGAGGUUGGGGCUCGCUGUUGAUUGUAAUAUAAUGGAUGUAGUUUGAUCAUUGUGAUCGUAAGAGCUUACAGCAUUCAGCCCUAUGUAUGAACAUCAGGGACAGGAACGCAUGGGUCAUUCUUCUUAUGCAGUACAUUUGAACUUUCUCAAAAAUGCAUGAUUGCAUUGCUAUAAAAGGAUAUGCUAGACUUUCAGAAAUAUAUUCUGGUAAAACUCAGGCACUUAAAAUGUAUGAAUUAU